CUGAAAUAAGAGAAUCACCAGCUUCACUCAUUAUUAACCAGACUGACUUAAUUUCUGUCAGACAUCUUCAAAAGCGCUUAUUGGGAAUUAACAGAGAUUUAGAUGAUGAUGUUUUAUUGUUUUGUUUGAUGUUACCAUCAUAGUGAUUAGUGUUUGCUUUAGUUGAGCUCUUGACCCUUGACUUUAUAACAUUGUAUUUUUUUGGGCUGCUGUAACUUUGUUUGUAAAGCACAUAUGUUAUGGCAAGGAAACCCAAAAAGAGACUGCAACCAGGUGGUUUGUUAUUGAUGAUAACAACACAAUCAUCACCUAGAUUCAAUUUGCAGUCUUGGUCUUGGGAAGUUGUGGUCUAAUGGUUAGAGAGUCGGGCUCAUACUCGUAAUCCAAAGGUUGUGAGUUUGAGUCUCGGGCCGGCAGAGAUUGUACUACGAAUGAGGUGCCCUUGAGCAAGGCACCGAACUGCUUCCAAGGCACUGCAGCAUAAACGGCUGCCCACUGUGCCGGGUGUGUGUACACUUUGGAUGGGUUAAUUGCAGAGCACAAAUGCCGAGUAUGGGUCACCAUACUUGGCCGUAAACCACAUCACUUUCAUAAUCAUUCAUGAAGAGCUACAACAGCAUAAAACACAAACAUUAUUAACUACUCUGAUUCUUGAUUUUUCUCUUUGUGUUUAAGUGACAGUGUAUGAAUCUCAACAAUGGUGACAAUCAAAAGCUUCAUGCUGCAAUGCAUGCUGGGUACCUAGUCUCUGUGCAGUGAGAGCACUUUGACAUCACAUUAGUAUGAGCACACAGUGAGGGCGCUGUGAGGUUACACUUUUAGCUCACUGUUACUUCACAUUGUGACCUCAUCACGAGUAUCCUGUGAGCUCAUGGUGAGAUCACUGUGAGAUCAAAUUGUUGACUGGGUAACCAACUAAAUUAAAAAAGUUUGUCAAGUCAAAAUUUAGGUUGGCUUGGCUUGAGAAAGCAUAGCCUGAAACUAUUUGAAAGUUUUACAGUUGAGGGCAAUACAGUCUAUCAGGGGGAAAAAAACAAAACAAAAAAAAAACAGAUAGUUGAGAUGAGACGAGAAGAGAGACAGACACUCAAAUACUUUUUACAGUAUUCACUACAUGUUAAGGAGUUAAAGAACUAUCUGUCUAGACAUAUGAAGUAGGCCUCUUCUUUGAAUUUCGUCUCACUGAUAAUGUCCCUAAAAAGUCAUAUGAACAUGAAGGUAAAUUUAAGAGGUAACACUUUACAAUAAGGUGUCAUUGGUUAGCACUAGUUAAUGUAUUAAUUAACAUGAACUAACAAUGAACAAUACAUUUGUUACAGUAUCUAUUAACUUUUGAUAAUGUUAAUUAAUGAAAAAGAUGAUAAAUAUGAGAAACAUCAUACAUUACAUACAUACAUACAUACAUACCGCGCUACUGCACAUGCGUUUUAUAGACAUACCAUACGUCACUUUGCACAUGCGCAGUAAACACAUACCUAGUAGGUAUCUGACGUCACUGCGCUACAGUCUGCAGCGAGGAGUACUUGUCACUGUUACCUCACAUUGUGACCUCAUCACGAGUAUCCUGGGAGAUCAUGGUGAGAUCACUGUGAGAUCAAAUUGUUGACUGGGAAUGGCUUUGUGUGAGGAAGAAAGAUAAAUUUCACUUUUAAGUCACUUUUAAACCCUUUCAGUGAGUUGUUAACUUAAGUAUCCCUGCAAACAAAUCAGUGAGUUUUUCUUUUUUCUUUUUUUUUUUUAUGGGAAAUAUAUUUUUGUUUUUGUUGUGCUGAAGAAAGUAAGUCAUAAAGGCGUGGGACAACAUUAGGGUGUAAAUGAUGACAAUUUUCCUAUUUCAGUUAACUAUUCCAUUAACCCUGCAGUAAAUGCAAUUUAAAAAAAAAAAAAUUGACUUGAAACAUGACCACUGAAGUCUAAUACGUUAUGGCAGUAACAACAUGUUUGUUCGACAGUAUAUAAAGUCACAGUGUUGGCGAUGAAUCUGACACAGGACACUGACACCUGUACACUGAAAGUGGAAAAAGUGCUAAAAGAAGGCACUGAUGAUGAUGUUGAUGGGGAAGUGAGACAAUUUUUGGCUCGUCCCAGCUGCAGAGAACAUUUAGGGUUGGUAGAAGGCAAGUCAUACCUCAUCAUGGGCAAAUCUGUUGACCUGCCAGAUAUAGGCGGAAGACUGCAGUAUGUUUUUGGAGAGCAUACCUGGCUUGAAUACUGGCCUACAAGCGAGGAAAGCCAAUCACAAAAAGAACACAGGGAGCGAUAGAUCGGCAUCUCUGAUCUCGAGAAUAGACUCAUCAAAUAUGGAUGUUUUACAUAAUUAUAAACACCUAUUUGUUGAUUACAGAAAAUUAAACAUGAUCUCCAGCACGCACUCAUUAAAUCUUAAAUAAUAUUGUUUGAGCCAGAAUACUUUUUAUAAUUUUGAGUAAAAAAAAAACAUGGUUGACUGAAUGAAACUACAAAAUGUUCAUUUUAGACUCCUGACUAAAUAAUCAUGGUGUGAUAAACAGUAC